UAGACGAACUAAUGCUGGCGCCCGCAGCCACCAAAGAAGAACAUGGUUCAAUCGGUAAAGAACCCUGGGUGGAACGAUAGCCACCCGUCAGCAACGAUGCAUAUCAUAUCAGGACUCAGAGAGCCAGGUGAAUAUAGUAGGCAACGUUUUGAAAACUGCCGUCAGCCGUUGUGGCUUUUGAACUUGUCCAACUCGCCGCCAAACACGUUGCGAAAAGAGUGGGCGGGGAUACGUACGUAGAAUACCUCCACUCGCAAUCUAGAGCUUGUCUUGGCUGAGUAGCGAUUCCCUGUAAGAAAGAAUAGUGAUUUCCAGGCACAGUUUGUAAGGAUCAUGGGGUAAAGCAAUCCAUCCGGGCUCUUGCAGCCGAGGCGCUUAUGUUUGCGCGUGCUCGAAUCAACAAUGCCAAG